AUGGCAAAAGUCUCUGGAGCUGAGGAGGCGCUUGCUACAAUCGAAACAAAACCGCGGUCUACCAAAAAAUCAGAAGCAUUUUUGAUGUCAGGCGAUGUUUUAAUAUCAUUAAACCGAAACGUUUCAAGCACAUAUGCGAAACUAUUAGGAGAUCAGCUCCCGCCUAAUACACUUAUAGCAACUCCGCCAACCGUAUUAUCACGAACGUCGGCAUCGGCCGGCGUUUCUUUUCCUUCAAUGAAUCGUGGAAGCAAAAAAGCAUCUCGAUUGCCAGUCUCAACAAGCCAAUUGGAAACGAAGAAACCGCACCAUCAAAGAUCAACUGAGUCGCCGACGACAAUUCGAAUGCAUCGACGCUCCGAUGAUCAUAAUGAAAGCGAUUGUGAACUUAUGUUCUCUGAAAAUCAAGAUCAUGUUGACGAAAAUGCCGUAGGCGAUGAUUCUGGUGCACACAUUGAUGUGGAAAAGGAGAACGAUGAAGAAACGAAUGAGAAAUUGAUGAAUGGAGGCAACAACGAAGAAGCAAUGAAUUCUCCGAAUGACGAAUUGUUGAAUAAGAGCUUGAGGAGUUCCACGUUCGGUGCUCCACAAGGAAAUAACUCAUAUUCGUCGUCUCCACAUAUUUUGCAUAACGAAUCAAAAAUUUAUGAAGAAGAUUCGUCAAAGAAGAAUGAAUCAUUUGGUUCGAAUGCGGAAAACAAUAAUGCUAAAGACACACCAUCGAAAAGAUCUGUUGUUACAAUCGAUGCUGCUCCAUCGUUCAGUGAAGAAGGCAGCGCAUAUUACACGAUUAACGAGAGCCCCAUUCGUUUCAAUUCUUCAGGAUCGCCUGCGAAAAAGCCUUUGUUCCAAGAUCAAGUUCCGAGCAGUUCAGCGAGUGCAAGUCCAUCAUUGCAUGCACCUUCUGAUAAUCGAAAUGGAUAUACGAGAUCAGACAGCGAUGAUGAAAUUGUUCAUGCGAGAAACGCGUCGAUUAACAUGAUGAGCCCAUCCGGUUCCAGUGUAGAAAGCGAAGCUGCACAAUUGGCUCGAAAACUUUUUGAAUUGCGCUCUUGUACUGCUACGGAUGUUGCUGAUAAACUAAACGAACAAAACGAUUUCGCUGUCAUGGUUCUGGUAAAAUAUCUUGAACUCUUCCAAUUUUCGACGAUGAGAAUUGACGCCGCCCUUCGUGAAUUUUUAAGCAGAGUUGAACUACGCGGUGAAUCGUCUCAGAGGGAACGACUUUUGCGCUUUUUCUCGGAGAGAUACCUGGAAUGUAAUCCAUCAAUUUUCGGAAGCAUAGACGAAGUUCACACUUUAACGUGUGCCUUGUUAUUGCUUAAUUCCGAUUUGCAUGGUCCAAAUAUGGGUCGAAAAAUGACGGCAAGGGAUUUUAUUACCAAUAUUGGACAUACAGGUUGCACUUAUAAGCGUGAUUUGCUCAAAACAUUGUAUACGAGUAUUAAAGAUAACGCGAUAGUUUUAGAACAAGGUCCUUCGACCAAAAAUUCAUCACGAAACGGGUCAGUUUCUUCUAGUCAAAAACGGCGAAUAUUCGAAGUUGACCCGAAUUCUGUUGUUGAAUAUCACAGUGGAUAUCUCAUGAGAAAAUACGUGAGAGAAAGCGAUGGAGCAAAAACACCAUUUGGCCGAAGAAGUUGGAAAAUGGUUUAUGCAAGACUUCGAGGUCUUGUGUUAUAUUUUGAUUCGGAUGAGACUCCAAAAGCGACGAGUCGAUAUGCAUCUCUGGAUAAUGCUCUUUCGUUACAUCAUGCAUUCGCUGAAUCUGCCACUGAUUACAACAAAAAAGCUCAUGUGUUUAGGGUUAGAAUAGCUCAUGGAGGAGAAGUAUUAUUCCAAACAGGUAAUGACUCGGAAGUGUCCAAGUGGUGCGAUGAAAUAAACUUCGUUGCUGCCGCUUUUUCUUCGCCGACAUUGCCUCUUCCAGUGACGGCACGACCGGAAUCUGCACCGAUGCCUAGAUUACCGCGAAUGCCUUGCAUUGCUCCAAUCUCCAGGCAAAUUCUAACACACGAGUCACGCGUUGCCGAACUCAGCGAAAUGAUAGAAACAGUAGCAGCUUCGGUUUAUCCGGAACGAGCACAACAUUUGAUUGUUGACCGACUAGUUUUUCUACACUUCGAGAAACGGCGAUAUUCGAAGUAUGUAUCAAUUCUCCGAAAACAUCUGAAGGAGAAGCAAAUGGCAAGUAGAAAUUCGUUUAAAAAAUCAUCGAUUCCAAUAUGUGAAGAUCGGUUGAGUUAUACAGACGCGGUUAACAGCGCCAAUUAG